UGGGAAUUAGUCCGCGAAGGGGGUUCUGGGAGGGAAAUGGGAGCAGCCGCGCGGCGGCUCGCUGUCGGCAGGCUUCCCGAUGUGCCGGCGGCGCUGUGGCGCGCGUGCCGAGCCUACAGCACAUCGCAGGCUUUCGCGGAGGUUCUACGGCUGCCACGGAGGCAGCUGACGAAACUCUUGUUCCCGCUGCAGGAGCUCGAGCGGCAGCUUGUCGCGGACUCUAGGCCCAACCUUCACCUGAAGAUCUUCGACCCGGGCCUGGAGGACAUCGGGAAGGCGGAGAGCAUCUUCACGGCCACUGCUCAGAACCGCAUCGAGUACCUCAGCUCCGCCGUGCGUCUCGACCACGCCCCGGACCUCCCCAGACCCGAGGUGUGUUUUAUAGGUAGAAGCAAUGUUGGAAAAUCCUCUUUAAUAAAAGCUUUAUUUUCGCUGGCCCCCGAGGUUGAAGUCAGAGUCUCCAAAAAACCGGGGCAUACAAAGAAAAUGAAUUUUUUCAAAGUUGGAAAAUACUUUACAUUGGUGGACAUGCCAGGCUAUGGCUAUAGAGCACCUGAAGAUUUUGUUGACAUGGUAGAGACCUAUUUAAAAGAACGAAGGAAUUUGAUGAGAACAUUUUUAUUAGUGGAUAGUGUUGUUGGAAUUCAAAAAACAGACAAUAUUGCUAUAGAAAUGUGUGAAGAAUUUGCAUUACCUUAUGUGAUGGUAUUAACAAAAAUUGACAGAUCUUCCAAGGGACAUCUUUUGAAACAGGUGCUUCAGAUCCAGAAAUUUGUUGACACUAAAACCCAAGGAUGUUUUCCUCAGUUGUUUCCUGUAAGCCAAGAUAUGGAAAUAACCUAACUGGUCCAGUCAUGGAUAAAUAAUUAAGUAGUGGUAUAUAUACAUAUAAUGGAAUGCUAUUCAACCAUAAAGAAAAAAAAAAUGAAAUCUUGGCCAUUUAUGACAACUUGGAUGGGUAUUAUGCUAAGUGAACUUAAGUCAAACAGAGAAAGAUAAUAAUGUAAGAUCUCACUUACAUGUAGAAUUUUACAAACAAAAAACCAAGCUCAUAGAUAAGAGAUCAGUGGUUUCCUGGGAGACAGGGGGUAAGGGGGUGAAUAGAAGUGGGUGAAGGGGAUCAAAAGAUAGAAAUUUCCAGUUAGAAAGUAAUUAAGUCAUGGAGAUAAUAUAGCAUGGUGACUAUAGUUAAUAAGUAUGGCAUACUUGAAAGUUGCUAAGAGUAGAUCUUAAAAGUCCUCAUUGCAAGAAAAAAAUACUGCAACUAUGUAUGGUGAAGGAUAGUAACUAAACUUACAGUGGUGAUCUUUUCACAAUAUAUACAAAUAUCAAAUCAUUAUGUUGUAUACUUGAAACUAAUGUAUGUAGAUAACUCAAUUAUUAAAAAAACUUCAAAGUUUGAGAAAUAAGAAUAGUAGAUAUGGUGAAAUUUUUAGAAGGCUUUAGAAUAGACUAGAUAAUGCCAAUCAUCAGAUUUAAUACUACAAGAGGCUGGGGGAAGAAAAGAAAGGUAAGACAUAUUAAAACAUGAAACUCACAAGUUUAUGAACAGUUUUUAAGUUAGAUGAAUUCAGAUGUUACUACCUCUGAUGUAAGGAAGAAAAUUAUUUUU